CGGUUGAGUAUUUAAGUUGAUGAUCGAAACAAGAUUUUUUCCAGUCUCUCAACGGGUUUGAAAAACGACGCAAGCAAAUAUUUUCCCCAAAAAAAUGUUUAAAGCAAUAACUUUAAUAUUGUGCAGUUACUUCAUUUUGUGUUGUGAUAGUCGCACAGCUGAGAAAUUAAAAGUUCAAUUACCUGAUGGAAGUAGACUUCUCGGUCGUUACUUGACGUCAGAUAGUGGUCGUGGUAUUCGAGCUUUUAUGGGUGUACCUUAUGCUGAAAAACCAAUUGGUGAAUUAAGAUGGAAAGCACCUCAGAAAAAGAAGGCGUGGGAUGACGAGCUUAAAGCUUAUUACGAUCCACCGAUAUGCAUCCAACGUGAUCCAUUUAGACGAGAUUAUGAGAUAACUGGAUGUGAAGACUGCCUUUACCUCAAUGUGUAUGCACCUGAAGUUAUUAGAGAUCCAGUUCCUGUGAUGAUUUUCUUUCAUGGCGGUGGAUUGAUGUGUGGAUCGGGAAUUAAGCCAUUUUAUGGGCCUGAUUCAUUGCUUGAACAUGAUGUGAUCUAUAUUGGAAUCAAUUAUAGACUUGGACCUUUAGGAUUCUUGUCAACUGGUGAUGAUAACUGUCCUGGAAAUUUUGGAUUAAAGGAUCAAGUUAUAGCUUUAAAAUGGAUUCAAGAAAAUAUUGCAUCAUUUGGAGGAAAUCCAAAUCUAGUAACAAUCUUCGGUGAAAGUGCUGGAGGUGGCGCUGUAACUUAUCACAUGCAAUCAAAACUUUCAAAAGGACUUUUCCAUCGUGGAAUUGCACAGUCUGGGACUAAUUUAGCCCCGUGGGGUGCUGUUGCUCAUAAAGGAGUAGCCGAGGAAAGAGCUCAAGAAUUGGGUAAAAUGAUGGGAUGCACUUUUGAUGGACAAGAUUAUGGAAAAAUGAUUGAAUGCCUUAGAGAUGUCUCUGCAGAAGACAUAACAAAGGCAUUCUAUGAUUUCUUUAAAUGGGAUACAGAUCCAAUGGUUCCAUUCCCUCCAGUCGUUGAGCAUGAACAUGAAGGAGCUUUUAUAACUGAAAAUCCUCGAUUUGUGAUGAAUCCUCAUGGCUUAAACAUCCCAUUAAUGACUGGAGUAACAUCUGAGGAAGGUGCUUUGAAGACUGGUGCCUUUAUCUACAAUGAUGACUUAAGAGAAGAAUUGCUGAAAAACUGGGAGAAAGCUUUAUCCACAUCUCUAUACUAUGAUCAUCAUGACAGUCAGAAGCAGGAAGAAAUCACUAAGAAAAUUGAUGAAUUCUACUUCAAUAACCAAAGAUUAACGUCCAAUAAUAAUCAAAACUUAACAAAUUUAUGGACAGAUGCUUGGUUCUUCCAUGCAAUGGUUGAUUACUUAAAGUUAAGAUUUUCAAACGAGAAUAGAAAUAAAACGUAUGUCUACCUCUUUACACACAAAGGAGCUUCAAGUUUUACUGAAAUUUUCAAGGCUGGAUCAGAAAAUUAUUAUGGAACUGCUCAUGCUGAAGAGUUGCAAUAUUUAUUCCCAAUUAGAAAGGAUUUGCAUUACUUCUUCUCAUCAAUUCCGACAGAACAAGAUAAGAGGAUUAGCAAGAUUUUGACAAAGCUUUGGGUUAAUUUUGCUUAUUUUGGAAAUCCAACUCCAACAGAAGUUGAAGGUCAAAUUUGGAAAGAAACAUCCUCGUUCCCAUUAGACUAUUUGCGAAUUGGAAACGAGAUGGAUGAAAAUAAUGACAAUCUAGUCUCAUUGGAGAAGGAUUUAUAUCCUGAAAGAGCUAAUUUCUGGACUGACCUAAGUGCCCACUAUCCAGCUGAUGACGAAAAUCUCCUUGAUCCUAAUAGCAAAGCUAAUGUGAAGGGAGAGUUGUAAAGAUUGUUAAUUAAUGUUAAGAAUGGAAUAUACACUUAAAAUAAUCUGUGACAAUAAAGUUAAUUUAUAAGCUCGAGUAUCACACUUGAAACUUAUAGUCAAUCAAAAAGCCA